AUGAAGAUUAAGUUAAAAAUACACUUGAUACCUAUCAACCUUAGCACCGUCAAUACCACAAACUUAGAAGCUUAUGGUGUAAGGAAAUUCCUUCAUUUAACAGACCCCACCAUCACGUUGAAGGUUUUGUGUAACAACAUUCAUGCCCAAUACACUAGACUUUAUCCACGAGAUGAGAUCUUGGAAAUUGAAAAGUUUCAAAGCUCUGAUAAGUGUGAUUUGGAUCCUGAAUUCGUAGUUGGUGAUAUCUUAGAGUCAGGUGAUGACUUAAGAAUCUUAAUCAACAACAGUCUUCCAGAUUUGACCGUCAAUGGAACAUUCAAUGCUACCUUCGAUGUGGCUGCUGGUACAGGUGCCAUUAACCAUGGAACUAAUGGCCAUGGUAUUACAGGAAGUCAUGGUACUGGAGAACAUUUAACUUCCAUGGCUGCUCCCAGUGUUCCUUACCACGAUCUCCAGAGUACUCCAUUGAUCAAACCAGCACCUUUAUUGAUAAACGAAUCAGUUCCAGGAACCAGCCGAAAGAGAAACUUGGAAUUCUUCGAAAAGGUGGACAACCAUCUUCCUAAGAAGAAGACCGUUCCUGUUAAUGAUAAGAUCAACAAAUCCAUGGAGAAAUCGUUGGAAAAUAUCACUUUACCACCACCAGAAAUAGUUGAUGAGAAGAUCAUACCCGUGAAACGAGACCAUAAGAAUGGUAAUGGGAUCAGGGUUACUUCAGGGAUGUUGAAUGUUCCUAUGCAUACACAAAUGGAGACUGAACAGGUUUUGAAUAGAUUGGAGAAGAGUCAGUACGAGAGUAGUGAUAGUGAUAUGGACACGUCUGGCGAUGAACUGGAAGAAGAACCAACCCAAGAGCAAGUAGAAGCAAAAGAAGAACAAGAACCAGAAGUAGUACCAGAAAAACAGCCAUUACCACCAAAAAAACAAGAACAGCAAGUACCAAAACAAUCAGUACAACCAGUACAAGUACCAAAACAAUCAGUACAAUCAGUACAACCAGUACAAGUACCAGAACCAGAACCAAAACCAGAACAAUAUCAAAAAGAAGAUCAAAAAGAAGAUCAAGAGGAACAAAUUGUCGAUGAAGACAAAAAAAUUAAAAACCAAGACCUUCCCCCAUCACCAACUAAAUCCAAAUCAUCCCCCGAUAAAUCUAAAGACACCUACACCCAUGAAGAACUCAUCUCAUACCUCAAACAAAGGAAACCUAAAGAAACCAUUCAAGGUAACGGCAGAAACAACUCCAUUCUCAAGAACCUUAAAAUCUCCAUGGUACCUGAUAAAGUUUAUCCAACAACCAAGGAAAGACGUAGAAGUAGUAAUAAAGAUCACAUGACAAAAGAAGAAGUAAUACAACAAAUCAGUAAAGUUGAAGAAUCCAGUGAAAGUUCAAGUUCCAGUUCCAGUGAAAGUAGUGAAGUUUCUAGUGAUAGUGAUAGUGAUAGCGACAGUGACAGUGAUAGUGAUAGUGAUAGUGACGACUCCAGUUCCAGUGUAAUCAAAUCAGUGAACUCCGUGUCACCGAAAUUGGCUGCAAAAAAAACCGUCGCGAUACCUAAAACAGUAAUCAAAAGUGGGACCAAAGAGCCUGUGAAAAAUCCCAAAUCACCGCCAACCAAAGAACCUAAAGCAUCACCGACGGUUCAACCUAAACCAACCAAAACAACACCUAAAGUAACGAAGGUAACCAAGACCAAACCACCAGCAACCCCAGCAACCCCAGCAACUCCAGCAGCCAAUGCACCCACAGCAUCUAAAUCUAAGGUGCCAACUCCGAAACUUAAAAAAGAUGUUGAACCUGAAAAGCCUACAUUCAUCGAUAAAAUCAAAAAACCUAUUCUCAAUUCCCUCAGUGACUUAACCAAGAGUGGAAUCCCUGCUGUUAAAGAUAAAUUUUCCACCACCAAGCCUAUAAGUAAGGAAGCUCAAAAAAAGGCCGAUAGUGAUAGUGAUAGUGAUAGUGAUUCUGAUUCUGAUAGUGAUUCUGAUAGCGACAGUGAUAGUGAUAGCGAUAGUGAUAGUGAUAGUGAUUCGGCAUCAGACUCCGGAUUCAUCAAACGUAAACCUAAGAAGAAUUCAGGUUUCAAAGCUCUACUUAAAGAUGGUAAUAAAUAG